GUUUAAACCUAUAUGAAAGAUGGAUCAGUCGCCUAUAAUUCCCAGUUACGCGAUCAGCAUAAACAGAAAUAUUUACACACAAAACGACAUUGAAGAUGAAUUUCCCCAGAGAAGACCCGAACAGAGUUGCUGGAAAUUCAAAUGUUCUCCAAUGUGUGUUUUGAGUUCCAUCUUCUCAUUUAUACCAAUAUUACACGCAAUAAGAACCUAUAACCGACGUGCUGCUCUAAAUGAUUUUCUUGCUGGUAUUUCAGUAGCUUUCGUGCACCUUCCUCAAGGUUUAGGGUUUGGACUGUUAGGUUCACUAAAACCAAUUCAUGGAAUAUAUUCAACAUUUUAUCCAGUACUGCUGUAUUUGGUAUUUGGAACUUCUCCCCAUGUAUCUCUUGGGACUAAUGCUGUACUGGCCGUGUUAACAGCUAGUGUCGUUGAACGAGAAGCCAAAUUGUGGGUUGAUUUGAAUAACCACACUGUUAUUUCUGACGAGGAAAUCUUACAAUACAAAGUCGGUAUUUCCAUGAUGUUAACAUUUUUCGCCGGAGCUAUAUUGUUACUGAUGGGUCUACUAAGGCUAGGAUUCCUGACCAACUAUUUAGCAGUUUCAUUCAUUGGUGGCUUUACGACAGUAUCGGCUAUACACAUCACUACUAGUGAAAUUGGCAAAAUGUUAAAUAUUGAGGUGAAAGCUUAUUCUGGAACAGGCAAAAUCAUUAAAACCUUUAUUGAAAUAUUCUCCAAUAUCAAAAAGACAAAUAUUGCAGAUUUGAUCAUUUCUAUAGUCAGUAUUAUUAUUUUGCUAACCGUGAAAAUAUUUGUCAAUGAAAAAUACAAGGCACGUUUGAAAAUUCCAAUUCCAAUAGAUUUAAUUGUUGUUGUAUUAUCAACAAUUAUUUCCUAUGUUUCAAACUUCAAAGGUGUUUAUGGAGUGGCAAUUGUUGGAGAUAUACCAACCGGAAUGCCACCACCUAUACUUCCAAAUUUUGAGUCCACACCUCGAGUAGCUAAGGACAGUUUUGUGGUAGCCAUAUUGAUUUUUGCACUGACUAUUUCAAUGGCUAAACUAAUGGCGAAAUUGAAUAACUAUGAGUUGAAUAAUAAUCAAGAAUUGGUGGCUUAUGGGAUGAGUAACUUGUUUAGUUCGUUUUUUCAGUGUUUUCCUGCUUGUCUUUCCCCUCCACGAACAAUGUUACUUAACGACUUAAAUUCAAAAACUACACUCAAUGCAAUUACUUCUUCCAUCUUUAUCCUUAUCGUUCUAUUAGCUGCGGGGCCACUGUUCCAAGCACUUCCGGUAUCAGUAUUGGCGGCCAUGAUUGUUGUAGCCGUGAAAGACUUAUUGUUGCAGUUCCGUAAUCUACCAAAUAUUUGGCGAGCAUCAAAAAGUGAUUUUUUUGUUUGGGUUUUGACUGUACUUGUUGGUGUUUUAGUGGACUUAGAUAUUUGUAUUUUGGUCGGGGUUGGGGUAUCAAUUUUCUCUGUAAUCAUUCAAAACCAAUGGGCGAGAGGUUAUCCUCUGGUUCAAGUACCAGAAAAGGGAAUAUUAUUGGAUAAAACAUUCAGAGGUGACUUAGGUGACCAAUCAGAAGUGAGAAUUUUUAACUUUGAGUCACAAUUGUAUUUCUUGAAUGCUGAAAGAUUCAGAAAUCUUUUACGUAACGAAAUAAUCUGUCCUGUCAAUAUACCACAAAGAAAAAGUCAUUACCUGAUGACGUCAAAGACUGCAAUUUAUAUUCCUGAGGAUGCGAAUCUGAGCGGAGAACAGGAAGUGACUAAUGACGUCAUAGAAGAGGUAUUAAUAAGUGACAGAUAUCAAGAUGAAAUGAUUCGUUUUAUUAUAAUUAAUUGUGUUAACAUGACCUACAUUGAUAUGUCGGGGGUUAAUAUCUUAAAACAAGUUCUAUCAGAGUAUGACAAUGUCGGCAUUCAACUACUUCUUGCCAACGUGCCCACGUACAUGUUUCAAACAUUAGAACAAUCGGAUUUUUUCAAAGUUUUUCCUCGAGAACAUGUUUAUUAUGAUGUCAUUGAUGCUAUUGAAUCAUUAAAGCUAUGAUUGUAUUU